AAGGCGAGCAGCCCCUCGGGCCGCGCCGCUGUUCCCCACCGACUGCACUUCAAUGGGGCACUUGCGCGAGCCCAAUGGCCAUGCUCGGUGGCCCAGUGAAUCCUGUUGUCCUCAAGCCCGUAUAAACUCUCACGCUUCCCCUUCUCUUCAGGAGCUCACGCUGGCGAAUUGUGCAAUUUAAUAUACAUUACAUUCGCGUGCAGAUCUUUCGGACUCGGCUGUUGAUCAUACAAGACGACGCAAACACAUGGAUCGAGAGGCAGAUUGAUGGUCCCCUAUUGCCCGUCUUAACAUGAGCUUAAUAUCCCACUGGCCGGCGAAUCGUCGGUGCACGCCGUUUCGCCGAGUCAGGAACAAAAAAAGGCCACCAUCUCCCUCGCACCCUUUCCCCUCAUCCAUUCCCACCCAUCACCAUGGCUCCCGGCCGAAUUGACCCCCACUUCGACCCCUCCGUCCCGGAGGUCGAGGAUUGGGACGAGGAAGAAGAACCCCAGACCCAAUCCAUGUGGGACCUCUUGCGGACCGAUCCCCAGAGCGCCUUCGAGGCCCUGGGCAUGGGCGAGAUGGGAGGCCUGCCGCUGCCCUCGUCCUUCCCGUCGCCCGAUGAAAUGCGCGAGGAGGCCCGCGAAAGAGCCGCCAACAUCUACGAGCACUGGUCCCCUUUGAACCAGAUCUUGCAGAGGCACGAGGCCACCAUCCGGAAGCGUUGGCUCAAGAAGACGAGAGAGCAGCGCCGCAAGAUCCUCCUUACCGCCUGGCCCAGCAUGCCCCCCAUGCAUCGUCCGGACUUUGACGCCUUCAUCAGAGAGUCGGAGCAGCAACGCGCCGCCGGCACAAGCUUCAAGGAUGCUUUCACGUGGCCUUAUAUCAACCAGGAAGACCUGCUUAAGCCUAGGAUCCUGCUUCUGUUCCUCAAUGCUCGCGGCCGCAACACGCCGGAUGCUUUCGCCAUGGCCGACCACGAUGCUGCCCACUUUGGUUUUGUGACCAAGGCCCUGAACCCGGCCUUCCUGAACGAGCACACCAUGAUCUUCACCGGACGGAAAGACCCUGAAACCUAUGGCGAACUGGUUUCCUGGGAAGAAGACGAGGAAGCUUUCGACAAAAUGCUCUCCGGCGUGGGAGCGCACCCUGGCCACGGACUCAUCAUCUUGGAGAUGCAGGAGAGGAUAUACAGCUUCCUCAUCAACUGCUGCCAGCAGAUUUUGCACGAAAUCCCACCCGAAUCCAUGACGAAACCAGAGUACCCGAUUCAACCGGAGCCUCCUUCUGUUUCUGAGAAUGAAACGGGAUAUCCCUCCCUGGCGGUUAUUGCUAACGAAGCGCCGUAUCGCUUGCCGGCUGACCUCGAUCUCGUGGCGCUGGAAGGUCUUCUGUCAGCCAAGAUUUCUGCCACCGAGGAUCACAUCUGGGCGCUUCGAGAGGAUCCAGGAUAUUUCGCUGACAUCAUCCUGGAGUGGAAAGAGCACCGCCAGGAGAUGCUUCCCGAUUGGAACGGCGAGGCGCACCCGGUUUUGAAGCCCGGUGCGGACAAAAUCUUCUGGCACCGCGUGAUUGGAAACGCCCUCACGGAAGCCUACCUCAAGCUUGAGACCUGGAACGCCAUGCGCGAAGAGAUUCGGGACCUUGAGCGCUUGCAGCGGAAGUACGCGACGAUGAUUUCGCCAGAAAAGGAGCUUCCGGCAGAGUACCUGAAUGCUCUAUUGCGGACGCUGCACUUCCUGGACCAGGCCAGCAAGGGCCCGAUUGGAGUGUUGAGGACCGGCGUUGUGGCGUCUCCUCCGAUCCGCGGAAACUUCGUUCGGGAGCCCCAGGAGCCUAAUUCGACCAUCAUCCGCGUGCAACAGCGGCCAGGGCUGGAGCAGGACAAGGCACGCGACCGCCUGUUGUGGCUUUUCAACACUCUUUGGACCCCUGAGCAACUGUUCCUUGCAGGUCUGUACACUGUCGUCGACGAGCUGGAGCGCCUGACCAUAAACGAACCGAAGGCCAAGGAGCUCGUUUCCCCAUUGAUCGCCGGCCAGUUGUCCGACCUCGCCGUCAUCGCCGAGUGUAUCCGUCAAAUCAAAUCAUACCAUCCUUGGGCAGCAGGCUUCGAGAUGAAGAAGUCUGAGCGGGACGCACAGAACCAAGUAGACUACGCGAAGACGACUAGAGGAUGGGUUCACUUCCUGGGAGUCGGCGAGGGAGCCACGACAGCCAUUCUGGGCAACCCGAGCGACAAGAAAUUCCACUACCCCGUCGACAAGCGCCGCACGCGCGAGAACGUCGAAGCCAUGCGCCAGGCCGAAGAGAACCUCGACAACUUCUGGACCACAGUGGACCGGCAGAUGAAGAUCAAGACGCGCGAAAUCGAGCACACGGCCGUGUUCCGGCUGCUGUCGCAAGAACGCAUGCUCCGGCGCACGCCCGAGUGGGUCGAGCCCGCGAAGACGCAGAAAGAGCAGCUGCCCCCAGACAUGGUCAAGCCCCUCUCCGAGAUCUACUUUGAGCUCGAGCGCCUCACCGAACGCACCGUCGACCGCACCAACGCGUUGCCCGCCCCCAAGCAGAAGCCCAAGACGCGCGGCACGCCGGGCCCGGCCAGCCCCGCAUACGCAUCCACACCUGCUUCAGAGCAAGCCCCCGCCUCAACCGCGCCGCCCACCGUCGCCGUCGACAAGCGCGCCCUCAAGGUCUUCUCAACCCUCUUCUACACGCCCUCGCAGCACACGCAGCCCGGCGAGGUGCCCUGGCCAGACUUCCUGCACGCCAUGGCCUCGGCCGGCUUCGCGCCCACCAAGCUCUACGGCUCCGUGUGGCAGUUUGCGCCCCAGGACUGCGACGUCCAGCGCAGCAUCCAGUUCCAUGAACCCCAUCCUGCCGGCAAGAUCCCGUAUCGCAUGGCGAGAAGGCAUGGGCGGAGGCUGGAACGCGCGUUUGGUUGGAAUGGCGGCAUGUUUGCUCUUGCGUAGAGGGGUUGUGUUGGGAGAGUGGAAGAACUAAAUUCGUUGUUGCUGGCUGGCUGUUUGGGCUUCGCGCUGUGUAUAUUUAUCACCUUCGUCAUCGUCGUCGCUUUGUAUUUGUAUAUCUGUAGCAGCAAACCACUAAAGGUGUUUUUAUUAAGGCUGUUUGUUUUUUGGCAGAAAUAAUUGCAAGGUUUUUGAACCGGGUUUUGUCUUUCCCUACCAAACCGGCGG